AUGCACCUCAACCUGCUCCCGCCGUCAUGGUCGUCCUCGUCGUCGUCGAAGACGACAGCCGUCCUGGACCUGCUUGAACCCUGGUCGUUGUUACACUAUUCCUACUAUGAUCCGUCCUGGAACACAGAGAUCCCUCCUGAGCUGCAGCUGACACCAAUCUCCGGGUAUCUCGAGAGGCCUGAUGAAGAGAGUGGAAUAAUGGAAGACGAUGAUGACGACGGCGAGGAAGAUGGUGGGGGUUAG